AGAGCAGAGAAUUUCUUUUUUAAAUAAUGUUAUAUGUUGAUUUCGAUAUUUUUCACUUCAAACGAUCACGUAAAAGUUCUUCAGAAAUAAUAUAGGAUGUAUAGUUCAGUGCCAGGGAAAACAGAAUCCAAGAUUCCGAUUUUUUUUCAAAUUUAAAGACAAUCUACAGAACAAAGAAUCUAUUCUACUAUGUAGUAUUAUACAAUAUAAAUGGAUAUGCAAAUUUGACGUGAGUCUUUACACGUGAUGGAAUCAAAGCAGAAUGAUGACAAGAAACAACCGGAGUGGGAAACAUAUACUACAACUCAGAAGGUUACAAAAACUGCUGUCUUAGUCUUUACAUGGCUAACUAUUGGUUUAUUCAAUGAAAUCACAGGACCAACUCAAAAAGAUUUAAUUAUAAAAACAAAUUCAGACUACGAGCUGGUAUCCAGAGCUAUAUCUGGUCAAAGUGUUGGAUAUUUUAUCGGGGCAAUCAUUGGUGGGCCUCUCAUAGACAAAUAUGAAAAAUGGUGUUACGUAACGAUAGCCAUUUGCCUAGAUUGCGCUGCAGUCGCCAUAUUUGCUGCACCAUACGCUACAAACACUAAUACCUUAUGGGCUUUACUCGCUGUAGCAGCUUCGUUUGAAGGCGUUGUAAAUAUAGUAGGACAGAGGGUUCUCAUACAGCUAUGGGACGAAAAAGCAACUGGACCUUUACACCUUCUACACUUCGGAUUUGGGAUGGGAUCAGUACUUGCUCCGCAAAUAGCUAAUCCAUUCUUAGCAGUGUUGGCGCCUUCAUCUAAAAAUGUUACUUCAACUGUAAUGCCAAAUGAAUCAUUCGUACAACAAGUUUUAGUUAUACCGAUGCAAAACACAUCGCACUUUCAUCUUACAAAUAGUACCAAUAAAAAUACUAGAGUGGAAUAUCUAAAAGAAUCCAAGAUAGAGACCGCCUAUUUCAUUGUUGCAAUCAUCAUAGCUUCCGUAUCGAUUGUGUACUAUAUUUAUCAGUUCUGUUCUCGGCAUAUUAUAUUAACUCCAGGAAUACAAGUUGACGCCAAGGAGAGUAACUUUCGAAAAGUUGUACGAUUAAUCGAUCCCGCAACAUGUACAGAUGGUAAUAGAUGGUUUGGUAUUCAGAUUUUCAUUUUGUUAUUUUUGUGUUUCUUUAAUAUUGGUGGUGGUGACGCAUUGUAUGGAAAGUUUAUUAGAAGUUAUUCCAUAGACAAACAUAACUUUUCAGGCGAUGACGCAUCCCUUAUAAAUACCGUAUACUGGAUAAGUUUUGCGGUCGGACGAUUUAUUGGUAUAUUUACCGUACGAUUCAUACCAAUUCGUAUCUUACUUCCGCUUGAAGUAUCUGGAGCUUUAUUUACAGGCAUUUUGUUGGAAAUUUUUGCGGAUGAAAACGAUUUAGCGUUAUGGAUUUUAACUAUAAUGAUGGGAUUAUGUGUUGGACCAAUAUUUCCUUCUGGCUUAGGUUGGGCUAAUGCUCACCUUGAGGUCACUGGAGUAGCAAUUACAUUUAUUGUUAUGGGUAUGGCUUUGGGUGCCAUGUCAUACCUUUGGGUGAUUGGAUAUCUCUAUCAGCAUCAUGGUUAUGACAUGUUUUUUCAUCAAAUGAUAUUUUAUGGGGCAAUUGUUCUUUUCUUUACAAUUCUAAUGACAAUAAUUGGGAAAAUACAAGGCGGGAGAUUUGAAAAGAACGAAAAAGUAAUAGAAAGCAAACCUGAAAAGUCAGAAUCAAAAGUAAAUGUGACGAAGUGUUACAAAUUUGAUACCAAACUUUAAUGGUGAAACUUCUAGUGAAAAGCAACGGAACUGAAUGGAUUCUAUAAUGAUAUUGAUUCUGAUAUUAUUAGUUACAUAGUGUGCUAGUGGCCUAAUACGAUAUAUAUGGGGUCAGUAAAUUCCAUAUGGGGUAACGAAUUUAUCUUAACAUGUGGUAUUUAGACUAGUGGCAUAUCAAAGUGAUCAAUCUUCAAUACCGUUAGUAUUAAGAACCUUCUUCCAUUGGUCUAAACAAAAACAAAUGCCAACAAUAACAACUUGUUAGAUUUAAAUGUGUUUUAUGAAUGUAUUUCAAUCUUCA